CUGGAGGGAGGGAAGAGACCAGAGCAGAGAGAAGAGAGAGCCAGAGCGGGAGAGAGACCUAAGCUAGAGAAAACCACAGUGAUGGGCAGGGUCUGCUGAGGAGAAGCAUCUGGGCAAGGAUAUCUUACCUCAGUCAAUACCUGAAUGGACUUCGGGGACUUUGGACCUUUCCUUAGUUAGGAACUGGGUGGAAGUCAUCGGGCUUCCAAGGGUCUCCAAAUCAGAAAAAGGACGGGUCUAUGGGGUCCUGUGCCAGGGCCAGGUCUUGGCUUCAAAUAGCAUACAACUCAUUGAGAAAGAAGCUGGAGAGCCAUGAGUAGCCCAUAUUUCCCAGCUCGGACAGUGCUGUUUGAGAGGGAGGAAGGUGGAGUGACUUAUAGGAUACCUGCCCUGCUCUACCUCCCCAAGAGGGCCAUUCUACUGGCCUUUGCAGAAGAGAGGCUCAGCCCUGAUGAUUCCCAUGCAAAUGUGCUGGUCCUGAGAAGGGGGGCCUUCUAUAGGACCUACGUGGAGUGGGGAGACAUGCGAGUUGUGAAGACAGCAUCUCUGGAGGAGCAUCGGUCCAUGAACCCCUGCCCUGUGUAUGAUGAGCUCACUGGUACGGUCUUCCUCUUCUUCAUCGCAGUGCUGGGCAACACCCCGGAAUCCUUCCAGAUUAUGACUGGCAAGAAUGCAGCACGCCUUUGUUAUGUGACUAGUUCAGAUGGGGGCCUCACCUGGAGUGCUGUCACUGACCUGACAGAGCAGGUCAUUGGCUCUGUUAUAGAAGAUUGGGCUACCUUUGCCCUGGGCCCUGGCCAUGGCAUCCAGCUGAGGUCAGGACGUUUGCUUAUUCCUGCUUACACUUACCACAUCGACUGCAAGGAGUGCUUUGGGAAAAUCUGCAAGACCACCCCUCACUCCUUCACCUUCUACAGUGAUGACCACGGUCAGAGCUGGCAAUUUGGGGACUUCAUCCCCAACCUGAAAACUGGGGAGUGCCAGCUGGUAAACGUGUAUGAAGAGGAUGGCAGCAAUGUUCUUUAUUGCAAUGCCAGGAGUCCCCUGGGAUGCCGGGUGCAGGCACUCAGCAUGGAUGAUGGGGCUGCUUUUCUCCCAGGGCAGCUGGUCCGGAAGUUAGUGGAGAGCAACCGUGGUUGCCAUGGCAGCAUCGUUGGGUUCCCAGCUCCUCUAGUUAGGAACUCCUCUCACUUUCUGUCACAAGGGGAGAGAUGGUUUGUUGGCUGUGACUAUUCCCAUUUCCUACAAAAGCUUCAGAGACUUCAGAAGCACAAAGGAGAGAGCCCGGUCACCUCUGUGCAAAAUGCACCCCAAAGCCGCCCCCAACAGAAGAUCUCUGCUGCUGCUGGUGGUUCAGGCCAGACCGCCCCAGGGCCUGUCUCUCCAUCUUCCACCACAUCUCAGACACCUACCUGGGUGCUCUAUUCCCACCCUACUAGCCACAGGUCUCGGGUAAACAUGGGCGUCUACCUUAGUACUUUCCCCAGAAAUGCUGACAGCUGGACCAAGCCCUGGGUGAUUUAUGAAGGGCCCAGUGCCUACUCUGAUCUGGCAGCUAUUGAGCUGCCAUUUUCAGAACCAGCAGCCCCAGGGAUUCCGGCCAUCACUUUUGCCUGCCUCUAUGAGAGUGGGGCCAGGUACGCCUAUGAAGAGAUCUCCUUCUGUCUGUUCACACUCUCGGAAGUCAUUGAGAAUAUACCCAUUAAGGCAAGCUCGCUGAGUCAGAGUUGCCAGGCAGGAAACAAGAACCAUUGGAAAAGCUGUGUGAUUUCCUGAAUAUUCUCCUCUCCUUGUCCUGGGAGGGAGAUCCCAGGACAGCCUUGUCUCUUUAGUCCCAUCUCUAUCGAAAGCCUACAGAAAUGUCCUAACACCACAGAACAGUUCUUGUCAUUCUAUAACACAUCAUCAGCUUUCAGUGGGCACUUGCUGAAGUUGGAAAACUGGUAAAAAUGCAGCUUAAUGUUUUCAACUCACAGUUAGUUUGUUUGAUGGCUUCAAAAUAAAUAUAGGGCUAGCUCCUUUAGGAAUUUGGUUUGCAUCAUUUACCUGAAGGAAUAUCCCUUAACAAAUGAAUGAA